AUGGGAAGCACGUUUUGUCGAGUAACUUGCAUGGUUAACAAACUCUCUUCAAUGUUAGAAUUGAAACAACUCCAAGCAAUAAUCACCAAAUCAGGUCUUCAAUCUCACAUAGAUUUCACAGCCAAGUUAAUUUUCUUUUCAGCACUUUCUCCAAUGGGUAAUCUCUCUCAUGCUUAUUCUCUUUUUCAGCAAUCCUCUUCCAUUGUCAAGCACAAUCCUUUUAUUUCCAACAUUAUGAUUCGUGCUUUUUCCAGAAGCUGUUUCCCUCUUCAAGCUGUGUAUAUUUAUAACCAAAUGCAAGUUACUGAUUGUUUCACUUAUAAUUUUGUGAUCAAAGCUUGUUCUAGAGCUUAUAAGUUUAUGCAUGAAAGUGGUAGUGGUGCUUGUGAUGAUGAUGUGCUUGUUGUUGUUUAUAGUAAAGGGAUUGAAAUUCAUUGCAGAGUUAUCAAAGUAGGGUUUGAAAAUGACACUUGUAUUCAAAACUCUUUGCUUAAUUUGUAUGCUCAAUGUGGGUUGGUCUCAGUUGCACGCCGCCUGUUUGAUCAAAUUAAGGAUACAAGUUUGGUUUCUUGGAAUAUCAUGAUAUCGGCUUAUAAUCGAAUUAGCGAUUUUGAAUCUGGAGAUAAGCUUCUUGAAUUGAUGCCGCAUAAGAAUAUUGUUUCAUGGAACACCCUAACUGGAAGAUAUAUUAGGUUAGGUAAUGUUGAGGCUGCGAGGAGAGUGUUUGAUUGUAUGCCUGAGAGGGAUGCGGUUUCGUGGAAUUCUAUGAUUGCUGGUUGUGUUUCUGUUCGAGAUUAUGCAGGAGCAUUGGAACUCUUUUCUGAGAUGCAAAAUGAUGGAGUAAACCCUACGGAAGUAACACUAAUAUCGAUCCUAGGUGCCUGUGCUGAAACUGGUGCACUGGAGAUAGGUCACACAAUAUAUGAGUCUCUCAAAGUGUGUGACCAAAAGGUUGAAGGUUAUUUAGGUAAUGCCCUUCUGAAUAUGUAUUGUAAAUGUGGGAACUUGAGUUUGGCAUGGGAAGUAUUUAACGGAAUGAAGAUGAAAACUGUGAGUUGUUGGAAUGCUAUGAUCAUUGGUUUGGCUGUCCAUGGUUAUUGUGAGGAGGUUUUCCAUUUGUUUUCAGAGAUGGAAGAGAGUCUUGAAGGUAGUAUUAGGCCAAAUGGGUUGACGUUUAUUGGUGUUUUGGUUGCUUGUAGUCAUAAGGGGUUGGUUGAUAAAGCAAGAUGGUAUUAUCAUCAUAUGGUAAAGAAAUAUGAAAUUAUGCCCAAUAUUAAGCAUUAUGGUUGCAUGGUUGAUCUUUUAAGUAGAUGGGGUUUGUUGGAAGAGGCUUAUCAGAUGAUUAAGAACGCCCCUUACCAAAAUAGUGCAGUGUUGUGGAAUACAUUGCUGGGUGCUUGUAGGACACAAGGUAACAUGGAGUUGGCUGAGAUAUCCUUCCAACAUCUUGCCAAAGUGGAGAAACUAACAGAUGGGGCUUACAUGUUGUUGUCUAACAUGUAUGCUGAAGCUGAAAGAUGGGAUGAGGUUGAAAGAUUGAGGAGUGAAAUGCAUUACUUGCAUGUUCCUACGCAAGCUGGCUACAGCCAAAUCGAUAUGAAUGCCCAAUAA